CACAGCCAUCUGACAAAGAUAUAGACAUUGCAGAGGAUUACCUGAGAAACUUCUACAAUCUGGAAGACUCAACAUACGCUGCCGUUUUUCGCCCAGAAGCAAACAAUGAUCAACUGUCCAAGAAGCUGAAAGAGAUGCAGAAGUUUUUCGGGCUUAAGGUGACUGGAAAGCUGAACAAAGAAACCAUGGGGGUGAUGAAGAAGCCCCGCUGUGGAGUUCCAGAUGUUGCUGCGUACUCCACAUUUGGAGACGAACCCAAAUGGCAGACCAACGAGCUCACCUACAGAAUCGUGAACUACACCCCUGACCUGUCAAAAGCUGAAGUGGAUACAUCCAUGGAGAAAGCCCUGCAGGUCUGGGCCAAAGUCACUCCUCUGAAAUUCACCCGUAUCAACAGGGGCACAGCUGACAUCAUGAUCUCCUUUGCUACAAGAGAUCAUGGUGAUGGCCUGUUGUUUGAUGGACCACAAGGCACUUUGGCUCAUGCUUUUGCUCCUGGUUCUGGAAACGGUGGAGAUGUACACUUCGAUGAUGAUGAGUCUUUCACAUUCCGCUCAUCAAGAGGUCAUGUCCUGUUCUUGGUGGCCGCCCAUGAGUUUGGUCACUCUUUGGGUCUUUCUCAUUCUAACGUUCCUGGCGCUCUGAUGUUUCCUACAUACACCUUCACUGAUCCGGAUCGUUCUCCUCUGUCCUCUGAUGACAUUGAAGGGAUUCAGUCGCUCUAUGGUCCACUAAAACCAAAACCAGUAACAAAACCACAACCAGAUUGUCAAAACCUGGUCUGGGAUGCAGUGACGACAUUUAAGGGAGAAACAGUGUUCUUCAAGGACAGCUCUUUCUGGCGUAGCUCUUCAGGCAGAAGUGCAGCGCAACGCCCGAUCAAGAGUUUCUGGCCCAAUGCUCCUGAUGAUAUAGAUGCCGCUUAUGAGGAUCUAGUGUAA